UCAUACAGAAUUCUUUUCAGGGGUUGAAAGAAAGAAUUUCACCAAAAAAUAAAAACCCCUGAAAUUGAGAUUUUGUUUAAAAAUUUGAUCAGGGUGGCGAUAGAGGGCAAUUACAAGAAUUUGGUUGGGAUUAUUCAUCAAUGGCGUCUCUGCGAUUCAAAUAUUUGAAGGGGCUUCCACAAUCAGAAGUAACUUAUUAAUGAUCAACGCAAAAAUAUUUUUGCGUGUUUGAUAGAAUUAAUAUUUGGUUUGAUUGUGGUUCGUAUCGGAGUGGCCUACAUAUCAAAAGAAGCAAAGUAGGAAAGACACGUGGACCGAUUCAGAGAGGCACCAACAUUGUGAAAAUGGAUUGCAACAAAGAAGAGGCCCUCAAGGCCAAACAGAUAGCAGAGCUGAAGGUUGCAGAGUCUGACUUUAAUGAGGCUAAAAGAUUUGCUUUAAAAGCGCAAAACUUGUAUCCUGAGCUUGAUGGUCUUCCUCAAUUUCUGGCAACUCUCGAUGUCUACAUCUCUGCUGAGAAGGGACCAAAUGGGGAAGUUAAUUGGUACAAGGUCCUCGGUGUGGAACCUUUGGCUGAUGAAGACAGAAUCCAAAAGCAAUUCAGGAAACUGGCUCUCGUUCUACACCCUGACAAAAAUAAAUCUGUAGGUGCUGAAGGAGCGUUCAAGAUUAUAUCCAAUGCCAGGAGAAUUCUUUAUGACCAGAAGCAGAUUUUAAGCUCUAUGCAUGAUGGAAUUCCAGAUGGGUUCCAUGAUUUGUCUGAGUUUAAUCAUGCAAACACAAGGGAUGAGAGGAUUGCUACUCCUACCAUGCCAGAUGGGAAAUCAUCGAUGCCUACUACUCAGAAUGGUUUUGAGGAUGCCUUCAAGAAGAACCAUUCAGACACAAGGGAUGAGAGGAGGGCUACCCCUACCAAGCCUUUGUCAACUUCUCGUCCACAGAAAGGUCGGAAAACUACAUUUUGGACCAUUUGCAGUUGGUGCAAGAUGUAUUUUGAGUAUCUUAGAAGGUUUCUCAACCACAAGCUUCAAUGUCACAGCUGCCAGAAGCAUUUUAUAGCUUAUAAGAUACCAGCCCCCAAAAAUGCAUCCAUGUCAAGCCCUUUUGAUGCUCAGCAACAUAAAAGUCAGCCUACCAUGCCCAAUAACUCUUGUGAUCCAGGAAGGACACAUAUUGCCUCUACAGAUGUGAGAUCAUCAGGAAUUUCUGGUGUUGACAAACCAAUGUUUGCUCCAGGAAGGACACAUCCUUCCGCUGCAGAUGUGAGAUCAUCAGGAAUUUCUGGUGUCGACGAACCAAUGUUUGCUCCAGGAUGGACACAUGCUGCCGCUACAGAUGUGGGAUCAUCGGGAAUAUCUGGUCUAUGCUUCAACUCAGCAAGAGAUCAAAGUGUGGAAGCAACAGCCUCCAGUUCUAGUCAAGCUGCAGGUAGCGCUCAUCCCGCAUUCAGGCAAUUGAAUAGAGGGCAUGAAGAAUCGUUUCCAUAUAAGGAGGCCCAUCAGUGGAAAUUUCACGCUUUUAAGAAACCAGAUCCUUUCUUACCUACUGGGUCUCCUAACACUGGUUUCAGCGCUGUGCCCAAUGGAGUUAAGCCUAGAAGGAAAAGGCAUCGGUGGCAAGAGAUUCAAACUAAAGUGGGAAUGGGAAAUGGAGGAGUUACUAUGAACAAGAUAUUUGGAUCUUCCAAGUUUAGUUUUGGUGCAGGAAGGUUGGAUGGAGCUUCAAGGCAUAGAGUUAAUUGCACAAGGGAUUUGUCACAUGUAGAACUGCAAAAUGUAUUGGUGAAAAAGGCUACGAAAGAAAUUGUCAAGAAGCUUGACAAGUCAAGCAUUCCUUCUGUGCCAAAGACUGUGGACGCUAAUGAGGUAAAGAAAAAGGGAGAGAAAGAAGCUGAUGUGCCUGGUGUUAAAGCCGAUAUGACAGGGUGUAGGGUAUCUGUGGAUGCUGAGGACAUGCCCAGAAAGAUGUCCUCCCCUGCCAAGUCUCAUGAUGACUCUGAUGUAGAGGAAGGUAAUACAAAUUCAAUGAGUGUUCCAGACCCUGACUUUCAUGAUUUUGAUGAGCAUCGCACGGAAAAGUCAUUUGCUAGCAACCAGGUGUGGGCUGUGUAUGACGAAGAUGAUGGCAUGCCCCGUUAUUAUGCUAUGAUUCACAGUAUCAUAUCUUUGAAACCAUUCAAAAUUCAAAUCAGUUGGCUUAAUUCCAAAACCAAUCACGAACUCGCUCCACUAGAUUGGGUUGCUUGUGGUUUUCCUAAGACUAGCGGGGACCUCCGGAUAGGGAAGCAUGGAGUUUACAAGUAUCUUCAAACUUUCUCCCACAAGGUUAAGUGGACAAAAGGCAGAAGAGGAGCAGUUCGUAUAUAUCCUGGAAAGGGAGAUGUCUGGGCUUUAUAUAGGAACUGGUCCCCUGAUUGGGAUGAACAUACCCCAGAUGAAGUGAUACACAAAUAUGACAUGGUGCAAGUGCUAGAAGAUUAUAAUGAGGAGAUAGGAGUGAGCAUUGUCCCUCUUGUUAAAGUUGCUGGCUUCAAGACUGUGUUCCGCCAACAUUCAGACAGAAGUAGAAUCAGGACAAUUCCAAGAGAAGAAAUGUUUCGUUUCUCUCACCAGGUCCCUUAUUACUUGCUCACAGGUCUUGAAGGAGACAAUGCUCCCAAGGGUUGCUUGGAGCUUGAUCCUGCAUCUACUCCUUUGGAACUUCUUCAGAUAAAGUCAGAAGCACAAGCCAAAAUGGAGGAGACAGCUGGAAAAUGUAAUGGAGAAGAGAAUGGCAAAGUAACUAUAGAAACAGGUCCGGUAGAAGAUGCCGAGGAACAAGAUCCGGCAGACUUGAUGAAGAGGCAGAAGGAUCCCCAGGCAACAAAGUGGCGGGUAUAUAGUCGGAAACGCCCGAGGGAAGGACAAGCUGUCGAGGGUGCUAAGCGGUUGCGGCUUUAGUGUACUUGACGUAAAUAGAAGGACUGAGGUACAGCGGUUUUUCUUUGCUUUGCUUUAUGUUGAUGGAUCCAGAGUUUUGUUCGAAGGCAUGAACUGUCCUUUAGACUAAUCUUAGCUGUAUUUUUAGUUCAACACAGUUUAGGAGUUUUUUUGUUUUCAAAACUUCAUACCUCAAAAAGGACUAAUUUUCGCAGCCGGUCAAAAAUGCAGACCUAGGAGCUGCUUACCUUUUUGAUACACAGGGUUUAUUAUCUGUUUAUGUUAAAUUCAGCUACCUUGUUAUGCUAAACGAACAAAAGAAACCUGGAUCAAAGUUUCAACUCUUAUAA